CGCAUGCACGCAUUGUUUAAUUGGCUUUAAUCAAAUAUCGCUACAUUUUGUAACAUUCAAAUUUGUUUAAUGAUAAUAAAAUGAAAAUUAAAAAUGCAUACAUUCAAUCCAAUAAGCAGUGACAGUGUGUUGGAAGAGAAUAAACUUGCUGAAGUGUAAACCUAGUAUUAUUUUGUGGUGUGGGUGUGUGUACUUGUUGUUAUCGAAAAAUGCAACGCUGUCGAAAUGUGGUAUUUUUCUUCAUAUAUUAUCACUGGUUAAGGUUUAGGAUACACUGCUGCAUACACGAAAAUAAUUUUUUUUUUGUCUAAAUAGUGUAUGUUUUGAAGCAUUCUCUCUAUAUGUACAUAGAUACGCGUAAAUCGUAGAAAUCGAAAUCUAAAUGCAUUAAGCAUCAUCUUAAUUUUGCCAGCGAUUAAAUGUGUGCGAGCCGUGUUGGAUGAUUUUGUUGUUAUGAAUAUAUCGAAAGUGACACCAUCGCUUGCUGCUGCGGCUGCUGCCGCCGAAAAAGCGAAACCUGAACGUGUAACAUCUGCAGCAACAGCAACGGCACAGGCAGCGCUUAGUUUUAACACGAUCUCGAUACAGAAGCGCAGCAGCAGCAUCGACGACAACAGUGUCGAUGAUCCAAAUCGCAAGAAACUGAAAAGGGACAUUGUUAUAUGCACGCCAACGACCAGUUUACCCGCCAAACAACGUGCAGCGACUGCGACAGCAACAGCAAUAGCAAUAGCGACAGCAACAACAACGGCAACCGCAUCAGCAUCAGCAUCGGCGACAACAGCAGCGACAACAACAAGCGCGUCCUCAACAUCAUCAGCAACAACAACAGGAAAAGCAACAUCGGACGUACAGCAACAGCAACUUUUGACAACAUCCAAUCUAAUUGUCAGUCAUUCGAAUGCAAAGCCAGAAGCUGCUGCUGCCGCUGUCGCUGUCGGUGGUGCUGCUGUUGAUGUCUUGUGGGAGCAACGUGAUGAUCAAAUUAUUGUCUGUGAAAUGAAGCCAGAUGAUGCAUCGUCCGCAAGCAGCAGCAACGCUACAAUUACUAAUAGCCAAAAGCAAAGUUUUGCCAGCUUUACCAAAAAAGAUGUGGCCUCCACAUCAUCGGCCUCCUCGUCAUCAUCCUCGACCGCCUCCAUAAUAUCAAUUGAGCCAAGCAGCGGCAGCAGCAAUGAGCAGCACAAUAACUCUGAGCAGCAGCUGGGCAAAGCUGUUGCUGUCGAAGAGUUGGACUAUGUGUUGCUGCCAGCGACAACAACGGCCGAGCUGAAGCCAGCUGAUGCCCCACAACAAGUCACAAAUAACAAUAAUAACAACAGUGGCAGCAGCGGUACUAGCAACAAUGUUGCUGGCAGCACCACCAGCGGCAACACAAGCGGCAAUAGUGGCAACAUAACAGCAACGCUUAAGGCAGCGCCAACAUCAACGCAAGCCAACUAUAGCAUGUUUACCAGUGUUGGCACCACAACAGGCACGGCAACGACAGCGGCGACAGCAACAUCGCUGCUCAAUCGUGUCAAUUUGCACACAAAGAUGAAGGGCCAGCAGCUGGUGGUGAACGCGAAGAAAUUGUCGGAGGUCACACAGACAACGGCCAAGGUAUCGAUAGGCAACAAGACGAUAUCGGUGCCUCUGUUGAAGCCAUUGGGCAGCACACAAAUACUGCAGACCACCCAAUUGAUGAGUGCAAGUGGUGGGGCAACCACAGCUGGUGGAGCCACCAUUGUGGAGAGCAAACAACUAGUGACAACAACGACGACGGCAACAGGUGCACAACAGCAGCAACAGCAUCAGCAACACCAGCAGCAACAGCUGCAGCAGCAAACACAACACCUGAAUCUGACGCGUCUGUUGAAGGGCACACGCAAGAAUCCAACGGCAAUUGUCUCAUUUGCCGGCGUGCAAAUCAAACCAGCCAAUACCAAAAUUGUCACGGCCAAGGUGGUUAGCAAAAAGAUGUCGCUGCAAUUCCAACAGCAACAACACCAGCAGCAACAGCAGCAACAGGCGCCGCCAACGGGAAGCAUUGUGACAAUAACGCCAACGAAUCUAAAUCAAACGUUCACAAUGGUGCAACAACAGCCACAACAACAAGCGCAAACGCAGUCAGACAAACAGCAUGAUUCCGAACAAGGAGAUCAAACAGAUGCCACACCAGUUGCUGCUGGCCGCUUGCAAGCAGUUACAGUUGGCGGCCAACAGCAACCGAAAACCAUCACAUACAGUGAGAAUAUCCAGAAGAUAUUGUUGAACAAGAGCAAAUCGUUGGAUGGCAGCGAUAGCAGCGAGAUUGCCAAAAUCAAUAAUGUUGUGAUCAAACCGCUUGACAAUAGUCAAUUGCAUCCUAGCAUCAAUAUAUUCAAGCAGCAGCAGCAACAACAGCAACAUCAGGUUGCAGGUGGAGGUGCGACGAACGUUGUGACAUCAAUCAGUGAGCUGACAACGAGCGAUGCCUUGGCCAAGGCAGCAACAAGUGGCGCCACAAUUUGUGCGCGUCCCAUCAUCUCGAUACAGAAGAACAUAUCGCUGGUGAUGUCCAAGGCGACAAUUGCACAGCAAAAGCCCAAAAUGAUAACAACAUCAGCAAACAGCGCUGGCGCCAUACAAAUUCAGCAUGCAGCGUUCAAUCAACAGCAGCAGCAGCAGCAACAACAACAGCAGCAGCAGGUGUCAACAGCGGACACGGUUGACACUGUUGGCAAACUGCAAUUGAAGGCACAUCCGCAUCCACAUGCGCAUCCGCAUCCACAGAUCGUAACGGCCAAGCUGAAUGAGAUGUUGUCAGCGAAACCGGCAACAGUCGACAGCAGCAACGAUGCUGAGCCCAAGGCCAAGUUGCGACCAACGGAAGUGGUGCUGGUGAAGCAGGCAACGACGACAGCAGCAACCGCAGCAGCAGCAGCAGCGGCAACGGGCGCAACAGUCGUUGCCGCUGCAGCAGCAGCAGCAGCAACAGUUGUCGAUGGCAACAACAAGAAGCAAGCAGCCGAUGCAACGACAACGGAGCAACAGCCCAACGAUGAUCAGCUGGUGAUUGAGAAGCGCAUUACGAUUACGAGUCGUGUGGAUGACUCGAACAAUGCGUUGCUUAAGCAAUUGCUGCAGACCAGCAGCACCACGAGCAGCAGCAGCAGCAGUGGCAGCAGCAACAACAACAACAGUGGUGGCAACAGCAACAGCAGCAGCAACAAUAGCCACAACUUGCAGCAGAUAUCGAUAACAUCGGCGCCGUUGUCGGCACGCAAAGUGAUCAAUGUGCGAGCGCCAAGCAUGGGAUUGGUUAGCUCAUUGGAGGCGCAGUUGGCGCGGCCCGUUAAACCGCCGGUGCCAACAGCCGUCAGCAGCAACAGCAGCAGCAACAACAACAACAACAAUAAUAGCAGUGGCAACAGCAGCGGUGGCAAUACCACAACAACGACAACAACAACCGCCACCAUGGUGGCGAUCAGUCAAACGGCGACGCCAACAGCGACGGCAACAGCAAUAGCGACGCCAUCGGCGCCAAGUGCUGAGCCGCAAAAGUUGCUGCUGGAGGAGACGCCGGCAACAGCAACAGUGGCCGCAGCUGCAGUGCCCACAGCAGCAACAGCCAUAACAGCAACACCAGUGGCUGUUGCUGCUGCCGCAGCACCCACAACUUCGACAGUGACUGUGGUUGCAACACCUGCUGCAGCAACAGUAACUGCGAUGCAACAACAGCAGCAGCAACAUCAGCAACCACAACAGCAGCCAACGCAACAACAGCAGCAGCAGCAGGUGAAACAAUCUGUGCAGAUCGUAUCGAAGGAGACAUCGUUUAUAUCAACGCCCGUGCCGUCAGCAGCAGCAGCAGCAGCUGGAGUUGCCGCUGUGCCGGCAACAAGUGUUGCUGGUGCUGCCUCGAUUGUUGCCGCUGCCAUGCCCACAGUGGUCAGCAAAUUGCCGCCCACAUUAAUUGUGGAAUCGAAUAUAAUGAAGAGCGAACCGUUGCCGCCGCCGCCUUCGUAUGAGCUGAGCACCGGCAACGUCUCGAAUGUGACCAUCUCGAUAACGACAAAGCCCAGCAAGGAUGUCAAGUUGGGCACCAAGCUGGAAGUGAUGGAUGCCAAGGAUGCAGCAACAGUUGCUGUUCAAUCGGAGCCAGAGAAGCAGAUGACGCCACAGCCGCACGACAAUUGGAAGCUGCAAGAAGCGAACGAGCCGCAGAAGCGCAAAUUGUCGCUGCCUUUGCAACAGCAACAGCAGCAGCAACAACAACAACAGCAGCAGCAGUUGCAGCUGCAACAACAACAGCAACAAUCGCAGCAGUUAGAGGACAAACCUUUGACGGAGGUGAAAAACGAAAUUGGUUUGGUUAGCGGCAACACCAACAGCAACAGCAACAACAUCAUCAACCUCAACAAUAUUGGCCAUGAGAUGAUGCCGCUGCUGAAAGUGCAGCCAGCAACUGCUGCUGGUCACGAGAAGUUGCAGCUGAUCACAACGUAUGGCAAGAAGACAGCAGCACAGCAACAAGUAAUCAACGCGGAUCUGCAGCAACAACAGCAACAGCAGCAGCUACAGCAGCAACAACAACAGCAGCAGCAGCAGUUGCAACCGCAGCAGCAAAAUCAGCCAUUGCAGCAACAACAGCAGCAGCAGCAACAGCAUUUACAGCUACAGCAGCAACGACAGCAACUGCAACAGCAGCAGCAACAGCAGCUGCAACAGCAACAACUGCAACAACAACAGCAGCAUUUGCAGCAGCAGCAGCAGCAACAACAGCAGCUGCAACUACUGCAACAGCAGCAACAGCAACAACAACAGCAGCAGCAGCAAUUGCAGCAUCCUCAACAGCAGCAGCAACAACAACAAUUGCAGCAGCAACAGUUGCAACAGCAGCAACAAGCAGUUGGCGCAGUUUCUGUGCCCUUGCCCGUCUCCGUUUCCGUGACCGGAGGAGGACCCCUCAACCUGCCGUUGCCAGUGUCUGUGCCUGUGCCUGGGCCAGCGAUGGAGCCGAAAGUUCAAGGCGAGCAGCGCAAGCGUCGCAAACGCGAGACGCAGAAGCCGCGUCGCACCAAUGCCAACACUGCAGCCGGGGCCGCAGCUGCGGCUGCUGCUGCUGCGGCGGCCGCUGCCGGAGGGAGCAACAUCAGGGAGAUGAGCGGAGCAUUGCCAGCUGGCGCCGUCGUCCAACUGACAACGAUGUCGUCGAGUGGCGUGCCAAUGGGUGGCCAAGCGACGGUUGGCGGCGGCCAUUUGGCCAGCGGCAGUCCGGGUGGCAGCAGCAGCGGCGGCAGCAUGCUGAAGAAGCGUGUGCGCAAGUUCUCGAAGGUCGAGGAGGAUCACGAUGCAUUUACCGAGAAGCUGAUGACGCACAUACGUCAAAUGCAACCGCUGCAGGUGCUCGAGCCGUUGCUCAAUCGCAACUCGCUGAUUGGCAGCGGCACGCUCUUUGCUGCUGGCGGCAACAGCAGCAACAGCAACGGCGGCAGCAAUGGCAACAACGGCUCGAAUGGCAGCAACGGCGGCAAUGGCACCAAUGGCAACAAUAACGCCGGCGGCGGCAAACUGAAGGCCAUUUCACGUGCAUUGCAAUUGCAGCGACAGCUCGACGAUGGCAGCGGUGGCGGUGGCGCGUCUGGUGUUGAUUGCGAGCAGCUGCUGGGACGCUUUGGCAAUGUGCGGCAUCCGAGCAUCAAGUCGCUGUAUGACAGCGAACGUUUCGGUGGCAGCGGCGAGCCAUCAACAGCUGCAGCAACAACAGCAGCCACAGCCACUAGCAACAAUGCUUUUGGCGGUGCAUCGCUGUCGUCGAUUCAGAAUGACUUUUACGAUCAGGAGUUUUCCACGCACAUACAGCGGGAUUCCCGUGAACGUUUGCAACGUUUGCUGAGCGCUGUCUGUGAUUGCAAUGUGGAGACCACGGAUCUGGUUGAAAGUCAGUUGCAUCAACAGCAGUUGCAACAACUGCAACUGCAGCAACAACAGCAGCAGCAGCAUCGCUUGGAUGGUCCGUUGGCCUGGUCGCGGCUGAGUCGCUUUCCGGGUCUGGUGUUGCUCAACACGAACAGCAACCAGCGCAGCGCACCCGGCCGCAUGUCGCCCGUGGCUUUGGCCAUGGAUGCCAGCAGCAUGCGGCUGCCGGUGUCGCCGAUUGUGCGCAGCUGCAGCGAAGAGUUGCGCAAGUCGCAGCAAAUGGAGCUGGGCAUUGGCGGCGGCGGUGGCGUUGCGACAGCAUCGAACAACAGCAGCAGCCAAAUGAGUAACAACAAUAAUGUCAAUAACAACAACAACUAUCAGCAGAAGAACCAAAAUGUGAUACUCUCGCUGCACACAUCGGCAACGGAUAACAUUGCCGGCGUGCUGCGAGAUUUGGCCAAUCUGUUGCAUCUGACGCCCGCGUUCACCUACAAGCUGCUUGAUGCCACGGCUGGCGGCACGGCGGCAACACCAACGACAGCAGCCACAGCCGGAGCAGCAGCAGCAGCGGAUAAGAUGGACAAGGAGCAGGGCGGCGAGCAACAACAACAUCAACAACAACAACAGUUGCUACACAAUGUGACCAGUCAAGGCAACCUGCGCAAGAUACUCACUGGACAGCGGAAGCUGUGUCGAUGCUGCGGCAGUCCCAUCGCUGCCUUCGGGCUGCGUGUGCCCCGACAGAAUGUGCCCGAGGAGACGCCGUCGCCGAUGCUGGCGAUGCUGCAAUCGCUGUUGCCUCGCAAAUUGCCAACGCCGCCGUUCGUCUACUUCUGCAAUCGCAGCUGCUUUGCUCAGUACAAAUGGCGCGGCAAGGAUGAGCCACUUGGCGAGGAUGCUAUUACUGCAGCAGCCACUGCAACAGGCACAACACCAACAGCAGCAACAGGCAGCGAUGUUUUGUCGGCAGCAACAACGCCACCAAUUGUCAAGCUGGAGCCAGAGGAUGUGGACAUGGAGCAACCACAGCAACAGCAACAGCAGCAGCAACAGCGGCCGCAUAGCAAUAGCAACAGCAGCAGCAACAGCAACAGUGAACUGACAACAACAUCUCAGGCGUCGUCGUCACAGCAGCAACCCGUGUCCGUGCCAGUGCGAAAGAACAUCAUCAAGUGCUUCAGUGCAGAUUGCUUUGCCGCAAGCACGAAUGUUGCCGCUGGCACCAUCAAGACCGAGAACGGUGAGUCAAUGGCCUGGGAAACGGAAUGCAGCAGCAGCAGCGCAGCCGAAGCACUCGAGGAUACGCGGCAGUGUGUCUUCUGCAAUCAGCGUGGCGACGGUCAGGCGGAUGGACCAUCGCGUCUUCUCAACUUUGAUGUGGACAAAUGGGUUCAUCUGAACUGUGCCUUGUGGUCGAACGAUGUGUACGAGACGGUCUCGGGAGCACUGAUGAAUUUCCAGACAGCGCUGCAGUCGGGACUGAAUCAGGCGUGCAGUGCCUGCCAUCAGCUGGGUGCGACAAUCAAAUGCUUCAAGUCGCGCUGCAGCAAUCUGUAUCAUCUGCCGUGCGCCAUCAAGGAGGAGUGCGUGUUCUACAAGAACAAAUCGGUGCACUGCAGUGCGCAUGCGUGGACGAGUGCGACGGGGGUGACAGAGAAUGAGCUCAGCUCGUUUGUGGUGCAUCGUCGGGUGUUUGUCGAUCGCGAUGAGAAUCGUCAGGUGGCUACGGUGAUGCACUAUUCGGAGCUGAGCAAUUUGUUGCGCGUCGGCAACAUGACGUUCCUCAACGUUGGCCAACUGUUGCCGCAUCAGCUGGAGGCGUUUCACACGCCCCACUACAUCUAUCCCAUUGGCUACAAGGUGAGUCGUUAUUAUUGGUGCGUGCGUCGGCCAAAUAAGCGCUGUCGCUAUGUCUGCAGCAUUGCGGAGGUUGGCUGUCGACCCGAGUUUCGCAUACAGGUGCAUGAGACGGGCGAAAAGGAGCCGGAUCGCGAGUUUCGCGACAGCACACCCUCUGCUGUGUGGCAACAGAUACUGCAGCCGAUUCAGCGCAUGCGCAAAGUCUACAAGUGGCUGCAACUCUUUCCGCAACACAUCAGCGGCGAGGAUCUCUUUGGUCUAACGGAGCCGGCAAUUGUGCGCAUCCUAGAGAGUUUGCCGGGCAUCGAAACGCUCACCGAUUAUCGCUUCAAAUACGGACGCAAUCCAUUGCUCGAAUUCCCGCUGGCCAUCAAUCCAUCGGGUGCAGCACGCACCGAGCCCAAGCAGCGUCAGUUGCUCGUGUGGCGCAAGCCGCACACACAACGCACCGCCGGCAGUUGCAGCACACAGCGCAUGGCCAAUUCGGCGGCGAUUGCCGGCGAGGUGGCUUGUCCGUAUAGCAAACAGUUUGUGCACUCCAAGAGUUCGCAGUACAAAAAGAUGAAGCAGGAGUGGCGCAACAACGUCUAUCUGGCAAGAUCAAAGAUUCAGGGCUUAGGCUUGUAUGCGGCACGCGACAUUGAGAAGCACACGAUGAUCAUUGAGUACAUUGGUGAAGUGAUACGCACGGAGGUGUCCGAGAUACGCGAAAAACAAUAUGAAUCCAAGAAUCGUGGUAUUUACAUGUUCCGCUUGGAUGAGGAUCGCGUUGUCGACGCAACGUUGAGCGGCGGCUUGGCGCGCUACAUUAACCACUCGUGUAAUCCCAAUUGUGUCACCGAGAUCGUUGAGGUUGAUCGCGAUGUGCGCAUCAUAAUAUUUGCCAAGCGUAAAAUCUAUCGCGGCGAAGAGCUUUCGUAUGACUACAAGUUCGAUAUUGAGGAUGAUGCGCAUAAGAUACCCUGCGCUUGUGGUGCACCCAAUUGUCGCAAGUGGAUGAACUAAAUCGGAAGUAGGAGCAACAGGAAACAAACAAACAACAGCACAGCAUCACAACAACAAGAGUAAGGAGGAAAUCAGGAGCAGUUCACAGAGAUGUGCUCGACCCAGUGAACAGAAGAAUCAUUAUAGUUUGUGUUGUGGCCAACCACACACACACACACACACACACGCACUCACACCCACACAGACACACACACGCACAGAACUCACAUACACCAACCCAACAUGGAAUAUUCUCUAAGCAGUAGCAGUAUAUACAUAUGUACAUAUAUUUAUUAUAUCUAUAUGUAUGUAUAAUUCAAUUUAUAUGUAUAUAUACACACACAAACUCACACCCAUACACACAACAUACAUACACAUAUGUAUAUCAAUAUCUUUAUCUAUAUGCACGAGUUUAAAUGGCAAAUAUCUUGUAAGUUAUCUCUAUCUAUCUAUGUAUGUAACCCCUACCCCCUACUCCCUUUCCCACACUCCCACCCCACACCCCACCCCACACGAAUGCGCCUCUCGUGCAUAUUGUAGCUAAUUUGUAUCCUAUUAUUGCUCAUAAGCCAAAAGUGUUUUGUAGUAUAAAUUAAAAAAACAAACAAAAACGAAAACUAAAACUAAAACUAAAAAAAAAGCAGAAAACAAAAAUGAAACUUCAUGCAUAUAAAAUAAUUUAUAGAUACAAAUUAAGCAUGUAUUUUAUGUUACUUAAAAGCCCAUCAACAUUAUUCGUGUUUUUCAAUGUACAUUUUUUUUAUAUCCAAAAUCUUCUCUAUAAACUUUUCCUUUCAUUUCGGUCGCAGUGAAGAUAAAAGCGAAAAUAAGAAAGAGAGAGAGAGAAAGUGCUAGAGUUAAUGCAGACCUGGGAGUGCCUUCGUUUUUAUUUUAUUAUAUUCUUAACCAUUUUUUUUUUUCGCUAGAUUUAAAGAGACUGUAUAGGAAGCAUAAUGUUAAAGAAAUGAAAAAAAGAAUGAGACAUACGCGAGAAAGAAACAGAAAUAACACAAAAAAGCAAAAAAAGAAAAAGGAAAACAAAAUCUCUUUUCAAGUGGUGUAGUAAUUUAUUUAAUGUGCAUCCAAAUUGAAUGUAUUUCUUUUGUUUUACCUAAUUUCAUCUCUAUAUAUUUUAACAAUACAAUUAUCAAUCAAGUGUAUCUUUAACUUUUAAGUAAAUGUAAACAACACUUUCAAAACUUACAAGCGAAUAUGUUUUUUUACAAUUGAUUUGCGUUUAUUACAUUACAUACAUCCCUUAUCAUCAGAUCAGCGGCAUCUUUGUUUGCUCGAUAAACAACAAUUUAAACUACAUAAAUUUGAACAAAUUUUGCAUAAUAUAUAGUAUGUACACUAAAUCCUGAUCGUGUCUGUGUUUGCAGUUGAAAACAUAUCCAUUCUAAACAUAUAGAUUCUCUACAGUUGCAUCUAUGGCUUUCUUCUGAAUCGAUUUACGGUGCUUUGCACAUGCACAGCAAAUGCUAAUGUCAGCAUAUCGAAGUUUUUCAAAUACCACGAAAUGUUGUACAUCAGAUGGAUGCGUCGA